AUGCCUGGAAAGGGAGAAUUUCGGUGUGUUGUUUGUUCUAAGAGAACAAAACCUGGGGACAGGCGCUUCACUAAAGGCAAGGAAAACUCUUCACUAAGAAAAUAUUUGUUGAAAACAUAUAUGAUACAAACAAAAGAAGAAGAUGUCAUUUGUGGAAAGUGUCGUAUGUCAUGUCAUCGCUCAAUACUACAGCGUCGUACACACAUCGCUCAACACCACUCUUCAGUUGAAGCCCCUUGUAAUAAAUCAACAAAGAACAUCCUUUCAUCGCCGCGGAAUAUUACACUUUCAAUCCCAUCCACUGGAAGUAGCCACAAAAAAUGUUUUGUAUGCAAUACUUACCCAAAGAAACUGGUGGUAAUAUCUCGUGACGCGAAAUACGACCUCUUCCUGCGAAAAGGGGUUUUAGUUCCGUUCGGAGCAAGAUGUUGUAGUCAUCAUAUCGAGGAUGGUCUAUUGCAAAAUGAUGCUUGUGAAAACAUUGCUAUAAAAAGUGACCUAUCUUCUCUUAAUCGUACUGAAAUAGUGGCAUUGAUUUCUAAGAUUAGAGAUGUAGCAAAUACACAGCAAAGCAAACGCAUUGACUUUGACUCACCGCAUGCCCUUUCGAAUGAAGAUUUCAUUACACUAACUGGACUAUGUACACAGCAUUUUAACGAUUUGUGUACUCACUGUGCUGGUUCUGUGCGAUCUUCAAAGAAUAGGAGCAUUAAAUCUUGUGUCGGCAUCUUUCUUACUAAACUAAAAAGUGGCAUGUCAAAUAAAGUCCUAUCAACAGUUUUUAACAUUGGAAAAGAUUCUAUUCGACGUGCAGUAACAUCGGCAAGAGUUGCACUAGCGAAAGACUUUGUUCCAUCAAAUUUGGGAUUUCAGCAUGUUAGUCGACAAGAUGUUAUACUGAAACACACAAGACCACUCGCCCAAACAUUGUUUGGAGGACUUAUGGAACCAGCCAUUCUUGUAAUUGAUGGCACCUACAUUUAUAUACAAAAGAGUGGCCAAUUUAUGUUCCAAAGGAGGAGUUACAGCAUGCAUAAGCACCGGCCGUUGGUAAAACCUAUGAUGUUUGUCACCACAACAGGUUACAUAGUGUCCGUGUUAGGUCCCUAUUUUGCCGAUUCCAAAAACAAUGAUGCCAGCAUCCUGAAUCAGAUUUUAAAUUCCAACAUUCAAGAAAUCAAGGAGUGGAUUCAGGAAAAUGAUGUGUUUGUGGUUGACAGAGGCUUUAGAGAUUCCAUGGACCUCCUACAACAGCUAGGAAUACAAACAGAGAUGCCUUCUUUUUCCAAGCAAAGGAAACAGCACACUACCGGAGAAAGCAACGCUUCCAGGCUUGUUACUAAAAUAAGAUGGGUCGUUGAGGCUGUGAAUGGACGGUUAAAAACCUGGAAAUAUUUGGAUCGUGUGUUGCCAAACUCACAGAUUCCAUACAUAGGCGAUAUUGUCAGGAUUGUGUGUGCAAUCUUCAACAAGUUCGGUACACCAAUAAGCACGGGGGAUGCAGAGCAAGAUCAACUGCUAGGAUCGAAAAUGUUGCAUUUGUCACGGAAGCAGAAUUCUCUUUGGGAGAGAAUUGAACGAGAAGGCCUUUUCAAUCGACCUAGUAAGUGGCAGAAGAUGGAGACCACAACUGAUAUCAUAUUUCCUGUUCUGACAGAAGAAGACCUGCGGAAUUUGACACUGGGAGUGUAUCAGCUCAAACUGGCACGGUCCUACACACAGGAACAUAUGAGCGAAACGGGAGGAUAUGAAGUAUCUAUCUGUAAAGUAGAUGCUAAUCUGAUCAAUGCCAAGAUACAGAGCCGACAUUUUUCCUCAAAACUUUACCAAUUGUGGGUAUCAUUUGAUGAUUGUAAUGUGCAAGGAUGGUACUGUUCAUGCCGUGCUGGGGCGAGGGUGGUUGGGACUUGCUCCCAUGUUGCAUCCAUCUUAUGGUAUAUGGGAUUUGCACGUCAUUUAGACAAGUCCUUUGACUUUAGUAAGGACUGGACACAAUAUUUACAAGAUGCCAGUUAUACACCAGACCCAAUCAGUAUUGAUGAGAGUGAUGAUGAAGGUAACACGGAGGAAUAA